UUAAGGCGCACCGUGCUAACUUUGUGCAACACUUCUUUCUAAACUCACGAGAGCCAACGCGUCACCUUACCCGUGCCAGUCGGACCUGUAUGGCCCCAUCGAUCGCCAUGUCAGCUAUGACUGCUGCUUUGAAAACUGAAGACGUCAGCAGAGGCGACAUGCAGACCAGUCUGAGCCCCGCAGAGGACACUGUGAAGCCCAAAGUUGCUAUUUUGCCUUUCAGUGUGGAGGCUCUGAUGGCUGAUAGGAAACCCAGCAGAGAGGUGACAUCCCCGGGUGGCACCACGUCGGUUCCCGGGACGUCCCAUGCGCUGGGGAAGAGCGCGGCGAGGAUGGGCUCGUUCGGUAGUCUGGAUACUUCGGUUCCUGGUUUGGCCAUGAGCUCGACUUUUUCAGUGGGGGACAUCAUGAGCAUGCCAGAAGACGUGUUGAUAAAACCCGAGAGCCCGGACAGCAAAGACAGGACGUCAUGGAUGCAGAGUCCUCGCUUUUCUCCAACACCCCCACGCAGAUUGAGUCCCCCGGCCUGCCCUCUGAGAAAACACAAGACGAACAGAAAGCCACGGACCCCCUUCACCACGUCCCAGCUGCUUGCCCUGGAAAGAAAGUUCCGUCAGAAGCAGUACCUCUCCAUCGCCGAGCGCGCCGAAUUCUCCAGCUCCCUCAACCUGACGGAGACCCAGGUCAAGAUCUGGUUUCAGAACAGGAGGGCCAAAGCCAAGAGACUGCAGGAGGCAGAACUUGAAAAACUGAAAAUGGCAGCUAAGCCCAUGUUGCCUCCAGCUUUCGGGAUUUCCUUUCCGCUCGGUGCGCACGUGCCCGGGUCCUACGCAGGAUCGCAUCCGUUCCAGAGGCACUCGCUGCCGGUUUCCCCCGUGGGACUGUACGCCGCUCACGUCGGAUACAGUAUGUACCACCUCGCCUGACAGGACCAAGGGCACGUACAGACUAGAUUAUGAAGGCCCCGAGAGAGAAAGGGGGGCCAUUUGAAGAGGUGAAGUGACUUUUUUUUAACCAAAUAAAGAGGCAUUCUGGUGAUGAGCUCAGGGUCACAUCUUAACAGACCCCUCUGUGAGGACCCUGAAGUUAAUUCACUUCUCUUGACCUCGUCAGUAAGUGCACACACUGCAAACAAAUAGAAAUCAUCCAACUUGAAUCUUGACUCUAUUUGUCAGUGGACAAUAAAAACAAUAAUGUCACUUGAGAACGUAUUAUUGCCAGAAAACGUAUUUCAGCAAAUAAUAUUAAGUGUGAGAAUAACUGACUUGAAGAUGGACAUGUUUGAGAUACAGGGACAGAAAAAUACAUGCGGGCCUUUUACAUGAGUGGACAAAAAGAGUGUCAAAGAAUGCCCAUAUACCUUCAUGGCUGCAUACAGCAGCUGUCAUACGGUCAGCCUUUAAAAUAAGAGACUAUUGCGCAGCUUGACAAUUAGGGCUUUGCUGCCACUCUGCAAAAAUCAUACUUUCUAAUUGAUUUGCAUUAUUCCAAUGCGUCUCUGAGCUGGGUCAGUGAGCCCAGUGUCAAUGAAUGCUCUUUGUGAAUUUCGGAGAACCACAGCAUUUGUUUUUGUUUUUUAUAACAGCACUGUCUGUUGUUGGAAUGAUUCCCUUCAGAAGGGAUAUGUGUACUGUAAAAUAAUGU